AUGUCCUCAGAGAAUCCAUCCACUUCCGGCAUUGGAAAUGUUGAAAAUUUAAGGGACGAAGCGAUUGAGAUUUCCGAGGAUUUCUACCCACCCGACGAGCAAAUGACUAUCAUAAACGAUGGGGAAUUCGAGACUGAGGGAAUUGAGGUCGACGAUGAGGAGACCGAAUUCGAGUACGAUCCAGUCACUUUCAACUCGUCGCGGGGCUACUUGGAGCUUUAUCAGUUCUACCAGCCGAUGACCGUCUCUGACAGUCAAUCGGGUCCAUGGAUGUGUCGUAUCUGUUUUACAGCCGGUCAAUCAACAUCGUUCGCCACUCGACAACAAUUUCAGCACCAUCGCUAUAAAGCUCAUGGAACUUUUGCGCACAAUCUCCCCUGUCCGUUGACGAGUUGUCGCCAAUCGCACGCUUCACUACAAUCACUAAAAAAGCAUCUAAAAGACGAGCAUGAGUUACCCAUCGAAACACACCAUCGAACGUUUCCCGAUAUGCAAAGAUUUGAGCAAUGGCGGCAGCUCAUCGAGAGUGCAACCGGGGCAAAGUUUCUUCUUCACAACAAGCAAAAGGAAAGCCGAAGACAGGUAAUGCACUGCGUUCGCAGCGAGCACAAAACCGGUUCAGCGCUGCGAAAGCCGAGAAAAACGGGUGAAAGUAUGCUUCGAAUGGCAAAAGAAGGGUCCUGUUGCCCGGCGCAUAUCUCAUUCACACUGGAGAAAGAUGGCACUGUCAACGUCAUCUACCAAAUGGUGCACGUUGGACACGGAGUUUUCGGUGGAAAUGAAGAAAAUGGAGAGAAAAUGACGGAAACUCCUACUGUAGCCGAGUUUCGUCUCGCGCCUCGACCAACGUAUUUGGGCGAAAAACCGAUGCAGUUUUUACAGAUCGAUAUCGUCGAGAUGAGUGUCUCACUGUAUGGAAUGAGUCGAUAUACGCAUAUUCUCAUGAUCACCGAUUUGAGAACAAAGUACCUCUGGGCUCGCCCCUUGCAAGAUUUCUUCGAUCGAAAUUUACUCGUUCGUCACUUUGUCGACAUUUUCACGCAAUUCGGUGUCCCGGAGGGUUUUUCUUCGUCGAUGAAUUUCGAGCUCGUUCGUUUGGCGAUGAAAGUCAUCGGUUUCAUUUUCAAGACUGAGAUCGUCGAGAUCGGGAAUCAGACGCCUGACUACUUGGCGUUUCGACGAAAUCUCUACGAUAUGGCGGCAAACGAGUUGAACAAUCGUGAUCGCUGGGCGGAGAUGAUCCCAUUCGUGUGUCUUCACUACAAUCAGACUCCCAGAGGCACGGAAAUCCCACCGUUUGAGCUUAUGUUCGAUCGUAGUGCUUUCCCGGGCGACGAUGGGGAGAGUGAAGCGCCUGCUUGGUUGCCUUCACCCCAUGCACCAGCAACAAUCGUUUUUGAACCCGGGGAUAAAGUUUAUAUGCGAAACUUCGACUCAUCGAUGCGCGAUUCGCGUAAAGACGAGCUACACCUAGAAAAUAUUGUUCUAGGACUUGUAGGUGAGGUUGACUGGAGUCGACCGGCUUUUCCGUAUCACGUUUUCUACUCGCGAGAGCGGGGAAACGCAUGGCCCGAUAGAACAUGCGACUCGAUGUUCGUUUCUCCGUUCGAUCUCGCGCCAAGUAGUAUCGAUUUAUUGCUAGCUAGAGAUGAAGAGCGCCGACUAAUGCUAGAGAACCUCUUGUGCACAUGCAAGACGACAAAUCACCCAAACAGCCCACAAUGCAACUUGUUACGAAGCGAUCUUUGCACAAAGGCGAUGUCUCGUGCAUGCUGCAGUCGAAAUGCGCCUCAAUGCGGCUACCACGAGGAAUACGAUGCUGGAGCUGGGGAAACGUACUUUAAACUUCAACAACUCUGCAAAAAGUACCGAAACGAUGAAAUCAAAAGCGAGCAAUCACCGAGAAAAACUGUCUGGAGAACAAAAAAAAGCAAAAAACUCAAAUCACAACAACAUCGAAUCGAUUAUCAAACAGAGAAAGUCGAAAAAAUGCACUCUGAACAAAUCCAUGUCACCUAUGAACCGGAGGAGGAGAGGAUUCGACUGCCUAUCGAUCCGUCAAAAGAGAUCGAAAUCGAUGUGGGAAAAAGUGCAGAUGAGCCAAUGAAACGAAUGGGAACAACAGAUCCUUCACCGGAGCGCCGAAAAUCCCAGCGAGCCACAAAACGACCAAGAAUCUUUGAGAAA